AUGGAGCUCUCGGAGGUGCGGUGCCUGAGCGACAGCGAUGAACUUUACACCAUCAACAGGACUCCCCCCGGCAGCGGCAGACCCCAGCGCCUGCUGUGGCAGACAGCCGUGCGCCACAUCACCGAGCAGCGCUUCUUCCAGGAGCACAGCAGCAGCAGCGGCGGCAGUAGCAGCGGUGGGGGCAAGGGCUUCAGCUCCGAGGAGACCUGCUGCCCCAACCACCACCCUCACCCGCCGCACCACCACCACCACCUCCGGCGACAGUCGGCCGGACGGAGUUUGGGCAGCGAGCGCCACAACAACGGAGGCACCAAAGUCUUCCCUGAGCGCACGAGCAGCAGUGGGGACCUGGGCUUUCUGCCCCUAGACUGUGCCCCCAGCAACUCCGACUUCUUUCUCAACUGGGGCUAUACCUAUCGCGGGGUGAUCUUCCCCACUCUCCGCAACUCCUUCAAGUCUCGGGACUUGGAGCGCCUUUACCAGCGCUACUUCUUGGGCCAGCGGCGCAAAUCUGAAGUGGUCAUGAACAUCCUGGACGUGCUGACCAAGCUGACCCUGCUGUUCCUCCACUUGACUCUGGCCUCUGCUCCCAUGGACCCCAUUAAGGGCAUCCUCUUAGGCUUCUUCACUGGCAUCGAGGUGGUGAUCUGUGCCUUAGUGGUGGUCAGGAAGGACACGACCUCGUACACUUACCUGCAGUACAGCGGUGUGGUCACUUGGGUGGCCAUGGCCACGCAGAUCCUGGCGGCUGGCCUGGGCUGUGGCCUCCUUGGGGACGGCAUUGGCUAUGUGCUCUUCACGCUUUUUGCAACCUACAGCAUGCUUCCGCUGCCACUCACCUGGGCCAUCCUGGCUGGGCUGGUCACCUCUGUCCUGCAGCUCGUCAUGCAGCUGGUUAUCCCCAGGUUGGCUGUGACUUCCCUCAACCAGAUAGCAGCUCAGGCAGUGUUAUUUAUGUGUAUGAACACUGCAGGAAUCUUCAUUAGCUACCUGUCAGACAGAGCACAACGUCAAGCUUUCCUGGAGACCAGAAGAUGUGUAGAAGCCAGACUGAGACUAGAGACAGAAAAUCAGCGACAGGAACGGCUAGUACUCUCUGUCUUACCACGCUUUGUAGUCCUGGAAAUGAUAAAUGAUAUGACCAACGUAGAAGAUGAACAUUUGCAACACCAGUUUCAUAAGAUCUACAUUCAUCGUUAUGAGAAUGUCAGCAUUCUUUUUGCAGAUGUUAAAGGUUUCACCAACCUCUCCACAACUCUGUCAGCGCAGGAGCUGGUCCGAAUGUUGAAUGAACUCUUUGCCAGAUUUGAUCGACUAGCACAUGAGCAUCAUUGCCUCAGGAUAAAGAUCCUGGGGGACUGCUACUACUGUGUAUCAGGGCUCCCAGAACCUCGCCAGGACCAUGCACACUGCUGUGUUGAGAUGGGGCUCAGCAUGAUCAAAACAAUCAGAUAUGUUAGGUCAAGAACCAAGCAUGACAUUGACAUGAGAAUAGGUAUACAUUCAGGAUCGGUUCUGUGUGGAGUGCUUGGCCUGCGGAAGUGGCAGUUUGAUGUCUGGUCAUGGGAUGUGGAUAUCGCAAACAAACUCGAGUCAGGUGGAAUUCCUGGGAGAAUUCACAUCUCCAAAGCCACUCUGGACUGCCUGAAUGGGGAUUAUAAAGUCGAAGAAGGGCACGGCAAAGAGCGUAAUGAAUUCUUGAGGAAGCAUAACAUCGAGACUUAUUUAAUUAAACAACCUGAAGAGAGUCUGUUGACUUUGCCUGAAGAUAUUGUGAAAGAGGCUGUCAGCUCCUCUGACAGAAGAAACAGUGGAGCAACAUUUACUGAAGGAUCCUGGAGCCCUGAACUUCCAUUUGAUAACAUAGUGGGAAAACAGAAUACUCUGGCUGCCCUAACAAGAAAUUCAAUAAAUCUGCUUCCAAACCAUCUUGCACAAGCUUUGCAUGUCCAGUCUGGGCCUGAGGAAAUUAACAAGAGAAUAGAGCACACCAUCGACUUACGGAGUGGCGAUAAAUUGAGAAGAGAGCAUAUCAAGCCUUUUUCACUGAUGUUUAAAGACUCCAGCCUGGAGCAUAAGUACUCUCAAAUGCGGGAUGAAGUAUUCAAAUCAAACUUGGUGUGUGCAUUUAUUGUCCUUGUAUUUAUCACCGCUAUCCAAAGCUUACUUCCUUCUUCCAGGGUGAUACCAAUGGUCAUUCAGUUCUCUAUUCUGAUUAUGCUGCACUCCGCUCUUGUGUUAAUCACUACGGCAGAGGAUUACAAAUGUUUACCUUUAAUGCUUCGGAAAACUUGCUGCUGGAUUAAUGAGACCUACCUGGCCAGGAAUGUCAUUAUCUUUGCAUCCAUUCUGAUUAAUUUUCUUGGAGCCAUCAUCAAUAUACUAUGGUGUGAUUUUGACAAACCAGUAGCCCUGAAGAACCAGACGUUCAAUUCAUCUGCAGCUUCCACAGACAUCUGUUCCUAUCCUGAGUAUUUUGUCUUCACUGGUGUGCUGGCAAUGGUGACUUGUGCAGUCUUUCUUCGUCUCAACUCUGUCCUGAAGCUGGCAGUACUUCUCAUCAUGAUUGCAAUCUAUUCUCUGCUGACUGAGACAAUUUAUGCUUCCCUUUUCCUUCAAUAUGACAACUUUAACCACAAUGGAGACACAGACUUCCUGGGUACAAAGGAGGCGUCUUUACUACUGAUGGCAAUGUUCCUUUUAGCUGUAUUUUAUCAUGGUCAACAGCUUGAAUACACAGCAAGGCUGGAUUUUCUGUGGCGUGUACAAGCAAAAGAAGAAAUCAAUGAAAUGAAGGAGUUAAGGGAGCACAAUGAAAAUAUGCUACGGAAUAUUUUGCCCAGUCAUGUCGCCCGUCACUUCCUGGAGAAGGAUCGGGAUAAUGAAGAAUUAUACUCCCAGUCCUAUGAUGCAGUUGGUGUGAUGUUUGCCUCUAUUCCUGGAUUUGCUGAUUUUUACUCCCAGACUGAGAUGAAUAACCAAGGAGUAGAAUGCCUGCGUUUGCUGAAUGAAAUCAUUGCAGACUUUGAUGAGUUACUAGGUGAAGAAAGAUUUCAAGAUAUUGAAAAAAUUAAAACGAUUGGCAGCACAUACAUGGCCGUGUCAGGAUUAUCACCUGAAAAACAGCAAUGUGAAGACAAAUGGGGGCAUUUGUGUGCUCUGGCCGACUUCUCCAUAGCUCUGAAUGAAAGCAUACAGGAGAUCAACAAGCAUUCUUUUAACAACUUCGAACUCCGUAUCGGGAUUAGCCAUGGCUCUGUCGUAGCUGGAGUUAUCGGUGCUAAGAAACCUCAAUAUGAUAUCUGGGGCAAAACGGUUAAUUUAGCAAGUCGCAUGGACAGCACAGGUGUUAGUGACAGAAUACAAGUGCCUGAAGAAACGUAUCUGAUCCUGAAGGACCGGGGAUUUGCCUUCGACUACAGAGGAGAGAUUUAUGUCAAAGGUAUCAGUGAACAGGAAGGAAAAAUCAAAACAUAUUUUCUUCUAGGAAGAGUUCAACCAAAUCCUUUAAUCUUACAACCAAGAAAACUGACUGGACAGUAUUCAUUAGCAGCCGUUGUAUUAGGACUUGUACAGUCUCUUAACAGGCAAAAACAGAAGCAAAUCCUUAAUGAGAACAAUAACUCUGGAAUCAUAAAAGGACAUUACAACCGGAGGACUUUGCUUACUCCUGGUGGAUCUGAGGCAGCAGCCCAGGCAGAGGGGGCUGAUAAAACUGAAUUGCCAUAAUCAGUAUUUUGUUUGUGUUCUUUUUUUUGUAUUUCUUUUAUAUAUAAAAAUAAAUAUACAAAUAAAAAGGGUUUAAUUUUUUUUAGAAGAAGU